AUGUCGAGCAGAAAUCCAGCACAAGGCAGACCGUCCAACAUGACGGCACGAGCCCACCAGUCAAUCCAAGGUGCAUCUGUCUCUCCACCAUUGUCCCUUGGGCGUCAACCUGCCUCACUGCCAGCACCAACCGCAUCCGCAUCCGCCGCCCUUCCAACCCCAUCUCAGUCAACUGGAUAUUCGACCAACGAAUUCGAGUCCGACGAAGACCUCGGCGACGACUACGACUAUGAAAGUGAAUUCGUGCCAAUUGCCGAUGAAGAGGACGCCACUGCUGCCCCGACGGCCACCAAUACCACCACCACCACCAACUCUUCUUCGUCUUCGUCAUCGUCCUCCUCCUGCCGCCCGAAAUCCACCGACGCCGACAACAACGACGACAGUGACGAUCAUAACAACAAUAACGCCCCCAGACUUCGCAAUAACAGCAACUACCGCCGCUCUGCCAUUGACGCUGACAUCAACAAUGUUGUCGACGAGUUUGCCGGCAACGACGAAAAGGCCAAACAGUUCCUGUGGGAUGAGGACAUGAAGAACCUCAAUGACCCGAAUAUGUCUGACGAAGAGAGAGCGAUGAGACACGAAGCUGCUGUUCUGAUUGCUUUGCCGCCCAAGCGCAAGCUUUUCAUGCAGGAAACUCGAGAAGAACGUAAGAGGCUGCGACUGGCGAAUCUGCGUGAGGGCCAGGAGCGCAUGAAGAUGUUGGAUGCUCUUGGUGAGAUCAAGAAGAGACGUGCCGAGGAGAGAGAGCAGGCAGAACAGGCUAGGAAGGAUUGGUUGAGGAUGCAUGUUGAGAGGGAGUCGGCCAAAUUGAAAGACGAAGACGAAGAAGACGAGGAAAACGAAAAAGAAGAUGAUGCCGAGGAGACGGGCGAAGAAGACGAAGCAGGACAGCAACAAGAUGGUGAUGAAGAUGAAGAAGCUGACGAAGACGAAGAAAUCGAUUCAGACGAUUCAGAUGAUGAAGACUAUGAGGACGACGGAGACGAGGAUGAUGAGUGGUAA